GCCAGCGAGUGAGAGCGGAGAGGAUCCGGCCCCGGUCCCGGUCCCUCACGCCCUGAGCCCGGCCUCCGCCCGGAGCGACCGCACGCGCCCAGCUGGGGACUAGCCGCCCGCCGCCACCUCCCAGACCCCCGAGCCGGAGCGCGUCCCCGCCCGCAGUAUCGCCCUCCAUGGCGCUGAAGCGGAUACAGAAAGAACUAAGUGAUCUACAACGUGACCCACCUGCCCACUGUUCUGCAGGGCCUGUUGGAGAUGACUUGUUCCAUUGGCAAGCAACUAUUAUGGGACCUCCUGAUAGUGCAUAUCAAGGGGGAGUGUUUUUUCUCACAGUACAUUUUCCAACAGACUAUCCUUUCAAACCACCAAAGAUUGCUUUCACAACAAAAAUAUACCAUCCAAACAUAAACAGUAAUGGGAGUAUUUGCCUUGAUAUCCUGAGGUCACAGUGGUCACCAGCUUUGACUGUAUCAAAAGUUUUAUUGUCCAUAUGCUCCUUACUUUGUGAUCCUAAUCCUGAUGACCCUUUAGUACCAGAUAUUGCACAAAUCUACAAGUCAGACAAGGAAAAAUACAACAGACAUGCAAGAGAAUGGACUCAGAAAUAUGCAAUGUAAACUUGUGAAGACUUUUUCAUAUAUACCACAGAGUACUGUAAAUUCUAGGUUUUUUCAAAAUUAGAAGUAAAUGGAGCACAGUUUACUGUUUCAAUGUACCAUGAGGCCCUUUUUAAUUUUUACCCAUGUAAGUGUGUUUCUGGAGCAAGAAAAAACAAACUUCCAAAAAUAAUCUUAAAACUGUGAUGAGACUAUUUAUCCUUUUUGUAUGCUUUGCAAAAGACAUUUAUUGUGGUUUUUAAGACUCUUGGACUUCUGCAUCUUCAGCCUACAAGAUCCCUAAUGCAGUUGUAAAGCAACCAAAUUAUUUUUUGCUGAAAAACUAGAUGUUUUACAUGAGAAAUACUGUAUGUGUCUUUAAGAUAUGUUGUCAAUUUCAUAAGUCUCUGUUCAAAAGUUCAUUCUAUUAGUUGUUAUAUAAUUUGUAUUUUUUUACUGUAUAGACUAAAUAUAUUUUAUUUACCAUGCAAAUCAAUUCAUUUAGACUUUUUUUUCCUUUAGCACAGUAUUGACAUGAUACAACUGCUACUAAUGAAAUCAAUGAGGUGUUGCUCCCUAUGGGCUAUUAUACAGACUGAUUGCAGAUUUCUUAAAACCUAAAAUGAUCUUUGCACUGUAAUUCUUAACAUGCUGAUUAUGGAGAAACACUUGGUUUUUUUAUUCUGUUGCAUACUUGACUUAAUUUUAUUGCAAUGUGAACUAAUUGCACUGCUAUGUAGAAAGAUAUGUAACUGUUUUUGUUUGUUGCUAUUCAUGACUGAUUUCCUCCCCCCCACCCCCAUAUUGGCAACAUAAUAUUCUCACAGACCUUUUACAAAUCUUACUGUAGCUUUUUCCAUAUAAAUAAAAUGCAUUUUCUACUAUUUGUCUUGGCUAUUAUUUAAAUCUUGCAUAACCUUGCAAGUGCUUUCUCUAAAAUUAAAAGAUCAGAAUAUUAAGUUAUGCAUGUGAAUUAUAGACAAAGGGGAAAAUAAAGCCAUGCAUCUGAUAUUAAUUCUAACUGUGUUGCAAUGAAUGUUAGCUGUAGGCCAAUUUAUUUAACAUGUUAUACCCAUUGUUUUGUAAUAUGUGGGAUUCAACUUUGCUGAAAUCCUACACUAAAUAUAUAUAAGCAAUUCUCUUUUCACAAGAAAAAAUCGCAGAUGUUUGGGCAUCAGACACUUUCACAUAAAUUGAUAUAAAUGAAUACUUUCAAUAUCAGAAUGUCAUGGUAAAGAAUCUUCCCUCAUUUAUGUCUAACAAUAUUUUGGUCUAAUAUUUUUCACACGUGAAGCUAACUUUUCCAUUAACUGUGUCAUCUCAGUCUACUUCACAAUGCAUGUAGAAAAUCCAUAGUAUUGGAAAAGCAGAUUUUGUUUUUAAACUAAAAAUAAAAGCAUUUUAAUCUCAAAACACAGAUUUCCCCCCCCCUCUGCCCCCCCUUAGGAUGUUAAAUAAUUGUAAAAAAAUGCAUGGUUAGCCUAUUGCUUUGAACUUUCUGCAUUAAGCAAAACUGGAUUGAAUGGGAAAUUUGCCACCACAGGAGCCAAAACCUUUGAGUGCAAGCUAACUCCAGUGCUUUCUCUUACACCAAGGAAAAAAUGCCAUUUACUGUAGCAAACAUCUAACUGGAAUGUGCAGAAGAAUAGCAUGUAUGCUAGAAACUCUUUCUACCAUUGGAAUAUUUUUUAAUCAUUUAAUACUUGUUUAAAAUUCACCAUUGAAUUCACCAUUGCCCAGAAUAUGAAACAGCAGCACAAAUUGGUCACUUGUGAAAUGUCAUUUUUUUUUCUAAUACAUACAAUUGACUUUUGAGAAUAACACUUAGUGGAGAAGCACUGAAGUUUUUUCAUUGCACUGCUUCAAAGAAUGUCCCUGUUGUACACUGUAGAAUAUUCCAUCUUUAAAAUGGUCAAUAAAAGUCUUUAAUAGUAAAAAUAAAUGAGUAAGUCCACUCAACUUGAAAUGGGAUAUUACUGCUAUGGAAGCUAAACUAUUCACCAUUCAUUUGUUUUGUAUAAUAUCACGAGAGGGGGGGGAAAGGUUUCUGAGUAACAGAAUCUUUCCCAGAAUUCUUUUUCAUUUGUGUUUCUUACAUUUUUGUUAGUAAUAUGCUUGUACCAGAACAAAUGGUUUAAAUAGUUCUUAGUGUCUUAUGCUUAACUGUGUGAAAUUUGGAAGCUUGACUUGCAUGUUAAAGGGAAUGAAUUAUUCUUUGUCUUUUACUUUACUAAAACAUCAAGGUUAGUUUGAAAAUGUUUAUACAUAAAUUGGCAAUAUUUGAGUAUACACCAUACAAAAAGGAAUAGCUUCCCACCAUAAUGCAAGAUCUUUGGGAUGAGCAAUAGAAAUCAAAUUAACUGACAAUGAUGAACUGACUGCAGCACUAGUUUUUACUGUAACUUUAUAGGAUUCUUUGAAGAUAAGUGUCUUGAAGACAUUCUUUGUAGAAGUUUUCUCAGUGGUAUUUUUAGCUGAAAUUCAGUUCCUGACUCAGCUAUUAACCUGCCUUAAGUAGUCUAGACUUUCUGUCCAAGAAAUAUCAUACCUACUAAUCUAUAGGUCUGAUAUUUUGAUUUUUUUGACUGACUGGCAUUUUAGGUAAUUCCAAACUUCAUCAUCCAGGACAACAUUUAAACCAUUGUUGAAUAAGCAAGGAUUUUAAGAAUUUCCUGGUUAAUAUUCUGUCACCACUUAUUAGAUGAUGCAUUAUGAAGACUUCUUUUCUUUUCUCUCUCCAAAAGAUUGCUCAGUCCUGCUGCUUUCAUUAUGAUGGAAUAAACAAUGUAUAAAUAAUCUGUGCUUCCCUCCUCUCUGUCCAGUCAUGUUCUACCAGUCACUGUAAAAUGCUUCAUCUGAUUGUCCUCUCUACUCUACGGUGACAUUGCCACAACUAAAGGAUCUCUGGAAAUUCUUGAAAAUGUAAUCGUAGUUUUAUUCUUAUUUAUUCUUACUCUAAUAUUACAGACAGCUUGCUUUCUAAUAACUUGUUUAACAAAUUUCUGAUGUUUGUGUGGUAUUUUCUGUCUAAAGAUGCCAACUGAGGCCUAAAUGACAAUAAAAAUUAAAAAUGUA